CGCCCGUUUACAGAAAAUUAAAAUAAAUAAAAGAGAACACUUUUGUAGUUUAAGUGAAAGCUUAUGUAAAUUGAAAUGAAAUAAAACCACCCUGGUAUUUUUUUGUAGAAAGCACAGAGGUCAAAAAAAGGCGAGAAUUUCAAGAACACAGGGAGACUGGAAGAACACGCUUUAUUCCAUUUUAUAAACAGCAUGGGGCCCUCCUAAUCAAUACGAAGCAUUUCACCAAACAUGAAUUUCACAUAAAAUCUUUUACCAGCAAAAAAACAGAGUAAAACAUGGUGGAAACAAAACGACACUGAAAUAACAUCCAAGGAAAUUUAUAAAAAGGAAAAUUCUAAAACAGACUGCGAGUCUUAAUAAUAGUUUUAUGACAGAAUGUUUCUGUCCAGAAAGUUCUAUAAUUCAGUAUCUGGAAAACUCUGUUAUAAUAUAGUAAUUGUCAUAUUAGCAAGUAUGUGUAUCAAUCCAAGAUACAUUUCAAAAGUUGAUGCAGCUAGUACUAGCGAUGAAUGUCAAGUAACUCCAGUAAUUCAUGUUCUGCAAUAUCCUGGAUGUGUACCAAAGCCAAUUCCUAGUUUUGCAUGCACUGGAAGAUGUGCAUCUUAUUUACAAGUAUCUGGAAGUAAAAUUUGGCAAAUGGAAAGAUCAUGUAUGUGCUGUCAAGAAUCAGGUGAAAGAGAAGCAUCUGUAUCGCUUUUCUGCCCUAAAGCGAAGCCGGGAGAAAGAAAAUUUAUUAAGGUAACAACAAAAGCACCUUUAGAAUGUAUGUGUAGACCGUGCACUGGAGUAGAAGAGAGUGCAGUAAUUCCUCAAGAAAUAGCAGGUUAUGCUGAUGAGGGUCCAUUAUCAGGACAUUUUAUGAAAUCACACCUGCAGUGAUU